CACAACCCGCUCGUUACAAGGCUGCGAAUUUCCAGAUCAGGCCGAACUUCAACAUUCGACUUGUCAAAACUCCGCGCAACAACCCAACCUCAACCCGCUCGCGCGCCCUCUCUCUCCCCUUACCAACCAAUCCUCAACCGAACUCAACCAAACCACCCAAAAUGGCGCGCAACUCCGAAAAAGCGCAAUCCAUGCUCUUCCGCUUCCGCGAAGCGCAAGCCGCCGACCUCGGCAUCAUCGACGCGGGGCGUUCCCGGCGCCCGCGCGCCAUCACGGAACAAGACAGCAUCCCGGCGUGCGAGAAGUGGCGCGGGCAGGUGCUGAAGGAGAUCUCGCGCAAGGUGUCGCGGAUCCAGGACCCGGCGCUGUCCGACUACCAGAUCCGGGACGUCAACGACGAGAUCAAUAAAUUGAUGCGGGAGAAGCACAUGUGGGAGGUGCAGAUACGGAAUCUGGGCGGGCCGAAUUAUAUGCGGGCCGGGGGGAAGGUGUAUGAUGAGGCGGGGAGGGAGAUUCAGGGUGGGGGGAAGGGGUAUCGGUAUUUUGGACGGGCGAGGGAGCUGCCGGGGGUGAAGGAGUUGUUUGAGGCGGCGGCGAAGGCCAGGCAGGAGGAUGAGAAGCCGCUGGAGGAGAGGGUGGAUUUGAGGAGGCAGGUGAAUGCGGCGUAUUAUGGGUAUGCGCCGGGUGAGGAGGAUGAGGAGUUGCUGGAGUAUGAGCGGGUGAGGGAGAAGAUGGCGGUGGAGGGGCUUGCGAAGGCGGGGCCGGCGGAGACGCCGCCUGGGUGGGAGCCGCUGCCGGGGGAUAUAGGGGAUGGGACGGUGUGGGAGUUGCCUACGUUGGAUGAGGUGCAGCAGGAGUUGGUCGAGCGGCGGCGGAGAAAGCUACUCGACCAGUUAUAG